CUUCGCGCAGAGAAGAGGAUUGGCCUCCACGUUGGUUGCGAAUGGAACACCAAAACAAUCUCUCUGAAGUUUAUUGAUUUCUCUGUUGAAACGUCCAGGGAUAUGUUGUGCCAUUCUACAUGUCGUGACUCGUGCGUUCCUGCUAAAGUGAGUUUACUACAGUGUUACUCGAGAGCAAACACGUACUAACUCUGCUGUGCUUACAGUGUAGGCUACACAACUACUCAGAGCGUGAUGCCACCGCAGUAACUGAACCACGAAGGAGUUUGGUUCUCUUGAGUUCUCUGCACUGGGCAUCUCCAUGAGAAGGAGAAACCGAGAUUGAAAGACCAACUCCAAAGCCACACCAGAGAGAAAUGGCUUCAAGUUCAAUCACAUAUGAGGACCUGUCCUGUCCAGUGUGUAGAGGCAUUUUUAGAGACCCUGUCAUUCUCUCCUGUAGCCACAGCUUUUGCGAGGACUGUGUGAAAACCUCUUGGGACUGGGAGAGCAGCGGAGACAGGCAGUGUCCUGUGUGUAGGGCGUCUUCAGAAGGCCCGGCCCCCGUACGCAAUCUGCAUCUCAGGAACCUCUGUGAGACUUUCCAACAGGAGGGAAAUCGAAGAGGACUCCUGUGCAAACUCCACCGCUCAGAACUCAAGCUCUUCUGUAAAGACGACAAGCUGCUGAUCUGCCUGGUGUGUAGAGAGUCAAUGUUCCAUGAUAACCACAACGUCAGCCCCAUCAGUGAGGCAGCAGCUGAAUAUAUGGAGGAACUGAAGAGGAAACUUGAGGCCAUAGAGGCGGCGCCCCCUGACUGUAAACGAGCUAAAACAACCAAAAGGGACGACCCGGCUCAACACAUCCGAGAUGAACUGGCUCUCGUACUGCCGUCAUUUAAGGAGAAGCUGGAUGCCCUUGAAAAAGCUAAAGAAACAUUUGAUCAAACAGCCCAGCAUAUCCAGGUUCAGGCCCAACAGGCAGAGAAGCACAUCAAGGAGGUGUAUGAGCAGUUUCAUAACUAUCUACGUUUUCAAGAAGAGGGCUGGAUAGCUAAACUGAAGGAAGAAGAGGAGCAGAAGAGUCAGAUGAUGAAGGAAACGAUUGAAAAGAUGAGCAGAGAAAUCUCAUCUCUUUCAGACACCAUCAGAACCAUAGAGGACGCCUUGAAGUCUAAUGACGUCAGAUUUCAAAACCUCAAGUCAAUGGUGGAAAGAACUCUCUGCACUCGGCAUGAUCCAGAGAAGCUUCCACAAGGAGCUCUGAUCAAUGUGGCAAAGUAUCAGGGCAACUUUCACUACAGAGUCUGGGAGGAUUUGGGCAUGGUCUUUGUUGAAUAUGACCCUGUGAUUCUGGAUCCCAACACCGCGGGCAUGUAUAUCCGCCUGUCUGACGGCCUGACGGAGGUGAGCUACCACCCAGAGGGACACGAGCUUCCUGAUAACCCAGAGAGGUUCAUCGGACCGGACUGCGUGCUGGCCUCGGAGGGCUUUGACUCAGGGGCUCACUGCUUGGACGUGGAGGUUGAGCUCUCCGGUGAGUGGUCUGUGGGGCUGAAGACAGAGCGCUCCAGCAGGAAUGGAUUUGAUUCCAACUGGCUAGGAUUCUGGGGCAUUCACUAUGUUCACCUUGGGGUUAACUAUGGCGAAUACCAUGUUCGCUCUCCUGGCACGUCACCUAUUCCCCUCAAAGUGGACAAGGGACUUCGGAGAAUCAGAGUGCAGCUGGACUGGGACAGAGGAGAGCUGUCAAUCACUGACCUUAAGAACAACACACGCCUGCACACUUUCACACACACCUUCACAGAGAGGAUGUUUCCGUGCUUUAUGGCAUAUUGCUGCACUCUGCGGAUUGUGUCGGGGUGGCCUGUAAGAGAGAGACGGGCUUUCACAUGGUCCACAUCUCCGUAUUAUGUUUAGGACCGUUUAUGGCAACGAAUUUGUGCUCAGUCACAGUGUGCUCCACUCAUACCUACCAGAAAGCAGCACGAUCACUAACACUAUAACUGGUUUGAAAAGGUUACGGUGUUUAUCGAACAUGCUGUAGAGUCGUAGAGUUUCUACCCCAAGAAAAUGUGAAAACGCAGUAUAGAGAUGUGCAAUUUGUUUUAAUAUUUGUUUUAUUGGGCAUUUUAGCUUUUAUUCUUACAGGACAGUCAAAGAUGGAGACAGGAGAGAGACACACUGGAUAGGAUUUGCCUAUGAGUAAUGCCAGACUCGAACCUGUGUCGCCAUGGGCAUGCAAGCCCAGAUGUGGGGGGAUUAGCCCGCUGUGCAACAGCGCCCCCAAGAAGUGCAGUUUUAACACGAUAUGAGAACAUGAAUAAAGACCAACAGCAAAGUGUUUUGUAGUUCUGAGGCUUGGGCUUCAGGGCCCCCCUUGACUCUUGGGCCCAUGUGUCAGGGCCUGGUAAGUCCUUGCUGCAGUAACGGUGGAGCAGCUCAGGUAAACAUCAGACACCGUGUGCAGACUCUGCAGCAGAAACACAUUUUGUGUUUUCAGGCCAACCAGAACGGUGCCGGUGCUCAUUCCCGCUCCAGUUAUGUUCAGAACUUAAGUGCUUAAAUGUGAACCUUCCACAUUCAUACCAUACAGGUGACACCAUUUGUUACAGGGUUACCAUGUUAUUUACUGCUAUUCUGUUCUAUUGUGUUGUUUGGGUGUUAACAAUGUUGGUGUUUCCUGCUGAAUAUUUCUUAGUCAAAGUUGGUGGGGGGUUAGCAGAGAUGCCAACAGUUUUAAAAAGUAAAAAGGAAACAGUUUUAGGCGCAAUUGAGCAAAUGGUGUAUCAGGUUUAUAAUAUGUUGUGCUAGUGUAAUUUCCUUUUACCUGUACUUUUGACACCUCUGGUGGUUAAACGGUAUGUGACGAUAUGCAGCAUCCUUUUUUCGUUAAAUAUUACAUGAAACCCUACAAAAUGAACACCUUAUACAUUUGUCUUCAUAAAAUUUUGAAAUAAAUCAACUUUUGAAAUUCA